AUGCUGCUGAAAUGCAAUUCUCGAUCAUGCGAAUCGCCGCUUUCUCCGGGCUCGGAAGCAUCGCCGCCAACGUCCCUCGGAAUCUCCAUCCCGCACUUUGCUCCAUUCCUCGGCUCGUCCGCACACACCGUUGUGCACGCAGCCAAAACGCCGCCACCGCCGCCAUUCCGUUCCUCGUUAACAGCGACGGCAACCGCGUCGCCGGGAAGUGGAUCCGGCGGCGGCGGAGGCAAACGGCCGUCGCCUGGCCUGAGCUGCGUCGUCUGCGGCGACACUAGUUCGGGAAAGCAUUACGGGAUCCUGGCCUGCAACGGAUGCAGUGGUUUCUUCAAACGCAGCGUCCGGCGGAAGCUGAUUUACAGGUGCCAGGCGGGGACCGGAACCUGCGUCGUGGAUAAGGCCCACCGUAAUCAAUGCCAGGCGUGUCGGUUGAAAAAGUGUCUCAACAUGGGGAUGAACAAAGAUGCCGUGCAAAAUGAGCGACAGCCUCGAAACACGGCGACGAUCCGACCAGAGACUCUGGCGGAGAUGCCGGCGGAGCGGGCGGUGCGAGAGGCGGCAGUGGCGGUCGGGGUGUUCAGCCCGCCACCGGCGCCGUUCAACGUGGGCCUCGCUGCUGCUGCCGCCUUCAGCGCCCACCGGUUCUUCCCGGGGACGAUCCUGCCGCCGCAGCCGGGCCACGUGCCGGGCCGCAUGGACUACUCUGCAUUCGCGGCCCCGCAACCCACUGUUGCCCACCCGCACCCGCAGACGAUCCCGCAUCAUCAGCUCACUCUGGCUGGCCAGUCUCCGUCAGGCUCCAUGUACAGCGAAGAAAAUGAUCGAACUCACCAGAAAAUGGAGUCGGAAGAAUCGAAAUCCCAGUUGAACUCGCACAAUGCUGCUUCCAUCUCAGGGACUGGGGACGAAGACGGAGACAAGAAACCCCAGGGCUCUGCAGUCACCGGACAAAGCUCGGCCGGGCUCCUCUUGACGGAACACCAGCAGAACUGCCUUCCGUUUGACAAUUCUCGGCAAAGUCCUCGCUUGCCAACGUACACGCCUACCCAAGAGACUAUACACGAAACCGCAGCGAGGCUCCUGUUCAUGGCCAUCAAGUGGGCCAAAAAUUUGCCAUCGUUCGUCACCUUGCCAUUUCGCGACCAGUGGUCGUUGCCCGUGGAGUCAGGGCCGUUUUUCUCUGUAGCCGAGCACACUGCAGGGAUGCCUGCUGCGAAAGUGCCACAGAUCGCAGCUGACGUUCGUUAUCUACAUGACCUGUGCUUGAAAUUCCGUAACUUGGGCGUCGACCCGGUUGAAUUUGCUUGUCUCAAGGCCAUCAUCUUGUUCAGAUCAGAUGCGAGAGAUUUGAAAGACCCGCGACAAGUGGAGCAUCUCCAAGACCAAGCUCAAGUGGUUCUUGGCCAGCACUCGAGAAAUCUGCACCCAACCUUGCCCGCACGAUUCGGACGCCUGCUUUUGAUGCUGCCUGCACUUCGAGGAGUCCCGUCACACCGCCUGGAGGCAAUUUUCUUCGCCCGCAGCAUCGGGUCAACUCCGAUGGAAAAGCUGCUCUGCGACUUGUUCAAAGGCUAA